AUGAAGCACAUUGCAUCUUCCAUCGCAUUAUCCCUGCUGCUGCCUGCUGUGCAGGCCCAGCAGACCAUGUGGGGGCAAUGUGGCGGUCAAGGCUGGUCUGGCCCGACAAUCUGUGUUGCUGGUGCGGUCUGUAGCACCCAGAAUGCCUACUACGCUCAGUGUCUCCCUGGGGCCACAACGACCUCCAGCACGCUCUCGACGACGACCAAGACCACCACCACAGCUCCGACUACUACCAAAACAUCGACAACGUCGACAACGACUGGUCCUACUACGUCCGCACCCACCGUGACCGCAUCCGGUAACCCCUUCAGCGGAUACCAGCUCUAUGCCAACCCCUACUACUCCUCCGAGGUCCAUACUUUGGCCAUGCCUUCCCUGUCCAGCUCGCUCCAGGCCAAGGCCAGUGCUGUCGCUGAUGUGCCCUCGUUUGUUUGGCUCGACGUUGCUGCCAAGGUGCCCACGAUGGGAACCUACCUGGCCGACAUUCAAGCCAAGAACAAGGCCGGCGCCAACCCUCCUAUUGCCGGUAUCUUCGUGGUCUACGAUUUGCCGGACCGUGACUGCGCUGCUUUGGCCAGUAAUGGCGAGUACUCGAUUGCCAACAACGGCGUGGCUAACUACAAGGCGUACAUUGAUUCCAUCCGUUCUCAGCUGGUGAAGUACUCUGACGUCCACACCAUCCUCGUUAUUGAACCUGACAGCUUGGCCAACCUGGUGACCAAUCUCAACGUCGCCAAAUGCGCCAAUGCCCAGAGCGCCUACCUCGAGUGUGUCAACUACGCUCUGAAGCAGCUCAACCUGCCCAACGUCGCCAUGUACCUCGAUGCAGGUCACGCUGGCUGGCUCGGAUGGCCUGCCAACUUGAGCCCUGCCGCUACGCUUUUCGCCAAGGUCUACACUGACGCCGGUUCUCCCGCGGCCGUUCGUGGUCUGGCCACAAACGUAGCCAACUACAACGGCUGGUCGCUGAGCACCUGCCCCUCCUAUACCCAGGGAGACUCCAACUGCGACGAGAAGAAGUACAUCAACGCCAUGGCGCCUCUCCUCAAGAGCGCCGGUUUCGAUGCCCAUUUCAUCACGGAUACUUCCCGCAACGGCGUCCAGCCCACCAAGCAAAACGCCUGGGGUGACUGGUGCAAUGUCAUCGGCACCGGCUUUGGUGUUCGCCCCACGACCAACACUGGCGAUGCGCUUGAGGAUGCAUUCGUGUGGAUCAAGCCCGGUGGAGAGAGUGAUGGCACGUCCAACUCCUCUUCGUCCCGGUACGAUGCGCACUGCGGAUACAGUGAUGCUCUGCAGCCUGCUCCUGAGGCUGGUACUUGGUUCCAGGCCUACUUUGAGCAGCUCUUGACCAACGCUAACCCGUCUUUUUAA